CCCUCUCUCUUUCUCUCCCUCUCUCUCUCUCUCUCUCUCUCUCUCUCUCCUCUCUCUCUUUUUCUACAGUCCAAUACAUCCUUAUCCAAAUGGCAGCCAAUUGGAGAACCAAGUCUGCUGGAGGAAACAGGAGGUAAAGGGAAGAGUGAGAGAAAGAAGGACAGACAGAGAGAGGGAGAGGAGAAAAGAAAAAGAAAAGGAGGGAGAGUCAAUGGAAGUGAAACGCAUCACCUCCAUUUACUCUUAUUUUACAAUAACAGUGGGUUAUCGUUAAGACACUGGAUCCUAUGGAACCUUCAUUAGUGUUCCGUAUCUUACUGCCCCCCCCCCUCUGAUUAGUUUCUAGGCUACACUGACCACAGGUCGUUCAUUUCAGGAGCAGUCACUACAUCUUUCAGUUUUGCCUUAAGUUGUGGACGGCAGAGAGCAGCAGUGACGCGAAGGAAAGUGAACACGGGAGAGCAGUCAGAGCGUGAGAGAGCGAGAGAGAAAGUUAGUGAGGAGCGAAUGGAAGGCGUGAAGGAAAAGGAGGUUGCAUUUGUGACACAGAAGACAGGCAGUCGAGGACAUGAGGACACACACCAGCAGUGGAGCUAGCAUGUGUGUGAGGGUGUGAUCAGCAUUCUCACCACAAACAUGUUGUUCAGACCUGUGAGCAUCAUAUGAAAACAAAAGGAAACAAAAUGCAGCCCAACGUCUGGCAAGACUUUUAGCAACUGAUCUCCAGUCAGUUCCAAAAAGCUUCUUAACAGAGCAUCACAGUUUGCAUGACUGGGACACCUGAUCUUUUAAGAGAACCAGACAAAUGGGAAAGUUUCUGAGCAACAUGAUCAACACACACUCCUGACUUCUAGCAAAGUCUAAGCUGUGUGGUGACCUUUAGCUUUUAGUGCUGUGCGGCCAAAAGCACACCUGGACCACAGAGUUACUGCUCUAACUGCUGCAUCAGAACCUCAGACACACCUGGAGGCAUAGAUUCAGCACCAAACAAAAAGAGAGAGGAAAGCAGGACACAGGGUUAAGGGGAGGACCAUGAUGGAGAAGUUGGAUCCCACUGUCUCCCCCUCCCCUUCGCCUGCACCUUCAGUGACUGACCGCUUGACCCCUACCCGUGAUGUUUCUCCAUGUGCUAGCAGCCCUGCGGCUAAUGAGGCUAACCACGUGGAAAGCAGUGCGGACACGAUCCCCAGCAGUCCUGCAAUGACUGAGGACCGUUCAGAGCCUGCAUCAAAGCCUGCUGAGACAAUCAAUGCACAGGACAAAUCUGCCACGCCACCCCUACUGUUGGGGUCCAAGCACUCAACCACCCUUUCCACGUCCACCAUCGUUCUUUCAUCUCCCUCCUCUCCUUCCCCUGCUCCGCUACCACCUAAUAUUCCUGUCAUCAGUCUGGCUCACAGUAAGCCCCCAAUGCCCCCUAUCCCAAUGCCUGCCCCCCAGCUCACAGCCCUUCACCCCAUCCCAACCCUGCCCCAUGGGCCCGGUGAGCUUAGGCUAGCCCAGCUAGCAUCUCUCUCUGGAGCAAGUCCUACAAGCACCGUACCUCCACCUGGAACUCUGCUGCCACACCAGUACCUGCCUGGACAUCCACUACUCAACAGCUCUUUCCUCGGUCCCUCUGGUAGCUAUGGUAUCUUCAGCAACAACCGCAUUAAGAGAAGGCCAUCAUCACACUUUGACUUAGAUCUGACUGACUGUCCUCCUCAGAAGCUGGCACGACGCGUCUUCACAAACAGCCGAGAGCGCUGGCGGCAGCAGAAUGUGAACGGCGCCUUUUCAGAGCUGCGCAAGCUCAUCCCGACACACCCGCCGGACAAGAAGCUCAGCAAAAAUGAGAUCCUGCGUCUAGCCAUGAAGUACAUCAACUUUCUGGUGAAGCUGCUGAACGACCAGGCCAGCGAGAGGGCUGCCUGCGGCCUGACAGAUGGAGCUGAGGAAGAAGAGGAUGAGAGAAUGAAGGAUGCAGCACUGGGUAACGGGGACAGAGACUGUGGUCACAGCUUGCACUCACUGGGCCCAGACGAUGCCCCACCGUCCCAGAUCAGCCUGGGCACGGUGCGUCCAGCCAUGGCUACUGCUGGCCGCAACAGAGACUCCACUGACUCGGUUGUCGCCCUGACAACGUCGCCGGGGUCCAGUUGCUAUGGCGACACGGACAGCGAAGAGACCCCGGGCAUGCGGAACUCUGGGAUCAUAAAGACAGGUGUGAGUGGAGGGAUGAUGGAGAAGAUGAAAGAGCAGAUACAGACUGUUACGGCCAGUGGAUACCAGCGAUGACAUUACCUGGGACAUCAGCGUCAUACAUGCCUAUAUGUCCAAAAGUGUGAGACAACCCUCUCUGAUUAGUGGAUUCAGCUCCUUUAAAGGAAUACUUAUCAGUUUACCAUCAGUUACCUCAGACAAUAAUUUAAAUACAUUCCCUACUGAACUAAGUAAAGUAUAGACAACCUGUUUACUCAAAACUCACUUAUAAUAGAAGCUGUUAGGCAGUUAAAUUAAUUUGAAAUACGACUCUAUAACAUAGGAGCAUGCUUAUCAAAGCUGUUCUUAUGAAGUUUUAUCUAGCUUUCAAACACUACAGACAGACAAAAAAAAGUCAUUCAGGUUACAUUUGUAUUCUUUAAAGGGCACUUAUCAUAGAAAACAUUUUGUUGAAUUGUGUUAACCUUAAAAGUUAAAAGUUUCAAAAUGUACCAUUUACUCUUCUAUCAAUGAAAAGUGCCAAAAGCAGCUCUUUUUGAAUUCACUUGUUCAGACUAUAGCAGUUUAGCUCCACCCAUUCAUGCUGCAAUUAUGAGUUUCAGCCAAGGCUGCUACAUAAAUGAAGAAAGAACACAGACCAAUCAGAACAGAGAUCAUUUACAUUCAUUAGCCUUAAAGGCACAGUACAAAAACUAAGGGAUAAAUAGAGGGAUCAUUUUAAAAGAUUUCAAAUGUUAUAAGUGGACCUCAGGAGAACAAACUGCAAAAAAAAAUGUAGGAUGUGUCUUUUUCUCGUGUCAUGCAAGAGCAAAACUCCAUCCAAAACACUACCUUUUAGGAAACUAGUCCCAAUGAGUUAAGCAUUUUACAGCUUAAUUUCCAAAUAUGUGUGACCUAAGAAUUUAUGAUAUUUCUCCACAUCAUUUACUUAUAAAAUUCAGCAACUGACUACUGGCUUUUAGGUAUUUUUCAAGUCAGUUACUUUUCAGUUAUCCACUAGGGAAAUGUGUCCAAAUUAUUGUCAGUGGUUAGUGAGUGUACACUGCAGUGACAGCAGAUAAGGUUAAAAAAAUGGACAUUACACAGACAUGUUACAGUGCGCAAAUUCAGCCAUGUCAUCUUCACAGAAAAGUGCUGCUAGUAAUGGAUGCUUUGGAGCAGCCUAAUUUCACCAUACCCAUUGCCAAACAUCAGCUUAAGUGGUAUAAAGCCCCCCAGCGUUGAGCUGUGGAACAGUGAAACUGCAUUCCCUAGAGUGAUGGAGCUCCAUCCAGUACCAUUCAGAUGAGUUAGAGUCAUCCAACAUCAGUGCCUGACCUCACUAAUGCUCUUGUGGUCGAAUAAAUUCCUGCAGCAACAACUGGUGUUAUGCCUUCCCAGAACAGCAGAGGCUGUUACUGCAGCAGACAAACUCUCUAUUAAUACCCCUGAUUACCAAAGAAACGCUGGACGAGCAGAUGUCUACAAACUUUUGGACAUGUAGUCUCAUAUAAUAUAUAAACACUGGAAUGCUCUGGGAAAUGACAAACUGACAAAACGGAAGACAGAGCUAUGUAGAUUGAGUGACGUGUGUGUGGUUGGCCUUUGUGGUGUUGUGCUGUUAUGAGUUUUGAUUUAGACAUUUAUUUCUGAUUUAUUGUUUGUCUGCACAAGAUUAAACAUCCACAUUAUGUUCCUCAAGGUGAUCUGGGAGAUUACUCUUUCUACUGCAAGUGAUGAUCCUCUUAUCACACUCAGGCAUUGUGAAGUUUGGGUACCGCGUAGUUCUCUAUUUGGGUUUUGAACUGUCAGCAGAAAAGAACGAGCCCCAUAUUUUCAGGACGUUGUGACAUUCUGUAUCGUAGACAGCAGGAAUAAAUAGACCUUCUGAGUUUGUCGUUCCUCACUUGACAUCCUCUUACCACAAACACAA